CCUGCAAGUGCGGUCACUGUAGUUGGUAUUCCCCGGCGUAUCCCCAAACCCAACGCCAGUCUAGCUGCCGUUCAGUUGCUUGGCCUGCCCGUCUAGUCUCGCACAAUACGGUGAUGGCGGACAGCGAGAGCGAUACUGAUGGAGCCGGGAGCAGUUCUGCUACCCCUAUGUCCUCUACCGCCUCGACAUCCAGCAAGCCGGGAAUACUGAUAUCCCAGUUUCGCCUGGAAGAGCUGACGAACCGCCUGGCCUCGCUACAGCAAGAGAACAAAGUGCUGAAAAUCGAGCUGGAAACGUUCAAACUCAAAUGCAAAUCACUGCAAGAGGAGAAUCGAGACUUGCGAAAGGCUAGCGUUACCAUUCAAGCCAGAGCAGAACAAGAAGAAGAGUUCAUCUCUAACACGCUGUUUAAGAAGAUCCAGGCCCUGCAGAAGGAGAAGGAGACUCUGGCUGUCAACUAUGAGAAAGAAGAGGAGUUCCUCACCAAUGACCUCUCACGGAAGCUUAUGCAGCUCCAGCAUGAGAAGGCGGAGCUGGAACAGCACCUGGAGCAGGAGCAGGAGUUCCAGGUGAACAAGCUCAUGAAGAAGAUCAAGAAGCUGGAGAACGACACCAUCUCCAAGCAGCUCACGCUCGAGCAGCUGCGGAGAGAGAAGAUUGAUCUGGAGAACACAUUGGAGCAGGAGCAGGAAGCCCUGGUCAACAGACUGUGGAAGCGCAUGGACAAGCUGGAGGCAGAGAAGAGGAUUCUUCAGGAGAAGCUGGACCAGCCGGUCUCGGCUCCGCCGUCGCCACGGGACAUCUCCAUGGAGGUGGACUCCCCCGAGAACAUGAUGCGCCACAUCCGCUUCCUCAAGAGCGAGGUGGAGCGCCUCAAGAGGGGUCUCCGCACCACCGAGAUGCAGCACACGGAGAAGCGUGCCCAGUACAUCGAGGAGGAGCGGCACAUGCGCGAGGAGAACAUCCGUCUGCAGAGGAAGCUGCAGAGAGAGAUGGAGCGCAGGGAGGCGCUGUGCAGACAGCUGUCCGAGAGCGAGAGCAGUCUGGAGAUGGACGACGAGAGGUAUUUUAACGAGAUGUCUGCCCAAGGCCUGCGGGCUCGGACCGUCUCCAGCCCCAUCCCCUACACACCCUCCCCCAGCUCUAGUCGCCCCAUCUCCCCCGGUCUGUCGUACGCCAGCCACACAGUGGGCUUCACUCCUCCAGCCACCCUGAGCAGAGCCCCCCUCCCCCACUACACACCCCCGGGCCUGCACGUCCACCCCGGCUCCUCUCACGGCAUCCAGAGGCCUUCCCCACGGAGAAGCAACAGUCCAGACAAGUUCAAGCGCCCCACCCCUCCCCCGUCGCCCAACACGCACUCUGGGGCGCAGCAGCACCCUCUGCCCCCCCCACCACCCCAGCCCAUGGUCCAGUCGCCCACGGCGCCACCAGCUAGCACACAACAGCACCCGCUGCAAGCACCCUCUCAGCCUUAAUGCAUGCACAGGACUCCGCUACGCUAGGCUAGGCUAAGCUAAGCUAGGCUACUUAGGCUAGGCUAGGCUAGUGCAGCGAUAUUGCAGUAACUCAUUUGGGGGGGGGGGGGGGGGGGGGAGUCGUCGGCAAGGCUGGGGACAGGAACAGGAGUUUGGUUUCUGGCGUGGCACUGAAACGGGCUGACUUGUUAUGUGCAAGUCGGCAGACUGGGACUCGUGUUUUUUGUUUGUUUUGUUUUAUUUUGUUUUGUUUGUUUCUUUCUAUUAGGCCUCUUUUGUUUAACACACAAAAAAAGAAAGGACAAAAAAGUGUCUACAGUAUUUUGUUUGUGUGUUGUUGUGUAUAGGAGUUUUGGGCGGGACUUACUUAACUUACUGCUAGUCAGAUAUGCGCUUGUGUUCAGAAGAAUUACCUGGGAACAACACACACACAAAACACAUACAUAUUCUCUCUCUCUCUCUCUCUCUCUCUCUCUCUCUCUCUCUCUCUCUCUCUCUCUCUCUCUCUCUCUCUCUUUUUCUUUCUCUCUCUCUCUCUCUCUCUCUCUCUCUCUCUCUCUCUCUCUCUCUCUUCCCCCCUCUCUCCUCUACAGCUGCAGCCAGUAAGUAGUCCCACCUGGAAGGCGAGACACUACUCUCAUUCUCGUGUGCCAUCACUCAGUACAAACCUAACGCAUCAGCCAGCGCCUGCGUCCUUCCCUCCCAGCCUCCCUCAUCACCCCAUCAAUCGCACUUCUCCCGUCGGGUGGGAGUUCUCAUUCAGAACAGGCCAUACCAGCAGAACACGCAGGACGGCACGUGUUCCGUACGGAAUUCUCUUAACGGUCAUUAUUACAGAGCAUGUAGAGCUUUGAUUCUGGAAUGGCGGCUUUUAAGAGCCUGCUAACUUAGGGGGGAAGGUUGAGGUGUUUUGUGAGGAUAGUUCUGAAAGCAUUGUGUGCGGAGUGUCCUAACCCUACCUUCUGCGUGUGGUACGGAGGUUACGUGCGGUUCUAGAGGGGUUGGAGGUUCUAGCGGAGGAGGAGGUUCAGGUACAGAACCUGUGUGUGUGUGUGCGGGCGGGGGCGGUGUGUGUCGUCGCUUCAGGCGGCCUAAGCCCUCCAUCGCACACCACAGACGAGCGAAACGUCAGCCCGCCAAGCGAAGGCCCUCAUUUUACUCUUAAGUGUUAUAUGAACAUGUUCAACAGGAACAGUCCUGUUCAAGAAAUUAACCUCCAUAUGAUUAAAAAGCGUGUAAAGUUAAAA